AUGGGAAAAUAUAUCCUCUUUCUGUUGGUGCUGAUUACUAGUGGACUUUGUUUGGGUGAUGAACUUCCAGGCGGUGUGAAAUGCAUUGACGAAGAGAGACGAGUGCUUCUCACCUUUAAAAAGCAUCUUACUGAUCCUUCAGGCAGGCUUUCUUCUUGGUCAGGCCGCAAUUGCUGUCAAUGGAAUGGUCUUUCAUGCGACAACCACACUGGCCACAUUGUAAAGAUGGAUCUCCGGAACCCAUAUCCAUACACAGCUUUCAAUGAAGAGUGGGAUUCCAUGGACUACCAACAGUCUUGCUUGAGUGGUAAGAUAAAUCCUUCUUUGCUUAGCUUAAAGCAUUUAUAUUACUUAGAUCUAAGCUGGAAUGAUUUUCAAGGGAUUCAAAUUCCCAACUUCUUUGGGCAGCUUACAAGCUUGAGGUAUCUCAAUCUCUCCUAUGCUGCAUUUUCAGGAGAGAUUCCCCAUUUUCUUGGUAACCUCUCAAACAUGAACUAUCUUGACCUUGACAAUAGCCGUCACAGCAACGACCUUUUCGAAACCCUUUCUUCCAAAAGCUUGAGUUGGCUUUCUCAUCUCUCUUCCCUGAAGUACCUCAAUCUCGGAGGAGUUAACCUUGGGUGGGCAGGAGUCAGUUGGUUACAUAUUGUCAACAUGCUUCCCUCAUUACUAGAGUUGCAUUUAUCUGCAUGUGGCAUUGAUUCAAACCAGCUUCCACUCUCUUUACCGACCCUUAACUUCACAUCCCUUUCAGUCCUUGAUAUGUCUGCAAAUUAUUUCAAUUCUUCGAUUCCCAGCUGGUUUUCUAGUCUGACCAGUUUAAGGACACUUGAUCUAAGCCACAAUUCUUUCGUUGGUUCCAUUCCUACUGAAUUUGCUAGCUUCAGAUAUCUUGAACACCUUGAUUUAUCAGCUAAUCAACUUGAAGGUCAAAUUCCUAAACUCAUUGGGAACUUUUGUACCCUAAAGACAUUAAAUCUUGCUGAUAACUUGUUUGAGAAGGAAGGUAUUCGAGAUGUUUUGAAUGGUCUCGCAGACUGUUCAAAUACCAGACUAGAGUUACUAGAUUUGUCCCUCAAUUUGCUGGAAAGCGAAUUGCCUGCCUCCAUAGGAAAGUUACACAAAUUGCAAUAUCUCAGCAUCGCGUUUAACUCCUUCUUUGGAUCAAUUCCAGAAUCUAUUGGAAACUUAUCAUCCUUGAAACUACUGAGCCUCUCUGCGAAUCAUAUGAAUGGAUCCAUUCCUGAAAAUUUGGGACAACUUUCUCAGCUGGUUCACUUAGGACUGUCUCAAAAUUUUUGGGAAGGCACCUUGACAGAAUCUCAUUUCAUAAAUCUCACAAAAUUAGAGUCUUUGUUCAUUGGAACAGACAGGCCUGUGCCUCUUAUUUUCAAUGUUACUUAUGACUCACUUCCUCCUUCCAAACUCCGUCGUAUCAUGAUUGAGAAUUGUCUAGUCGGUGACACAUUUGUCGUCUGGCUUCAAUCACAAGCUGAAUUGUUAAAUGUCAUACUUAGUGGUACUGGAAUUUCGAGCAUACCAGAGGACUGGUUGUUGAAGAUAUCAUCCCAAGUUGAGCGUUUGGAUUUCUCCAACAAUCAAAUCCAAGGAAAGCUUCCAUUUCAAUCCAAGUUUCCAAAAUUGCUUAUACUAGAUUUGAGUCACAAUCGAUUUUCCAAGUCUAUUCCCUUAAAUUUUGGACAACUAAUGCCAAAUCUACGGGAGUUGGUACUGUCUGAUAAUCAUUUAGAUGGUACAAUUCCACCUUCUAUUUGUGAAAUUCCACAUAUUUUGAUCCUUUCUCUAAGAAACAAUCAGCUAUCUGGAGAGUUCCCUCCGGCAUGGAGUUUGUGGAGCGAAAUCACAGUUGUGGACGUCUCAAACAACAAUCUAUCUGGCAAUAUUCCGAGUUCAAUGGCAAUCCCAAGUAGUCUUUUUAUAUUGAAGAUGCAAAACAAUAAUUUUGUUGGCGAAAUUCCUUCUUCCUUGCAAAAUUGCUCCAUGUUGAGUAGAAUUGAUCUUGGAGGUAACAAGUUGUCUGGAAAUCUACCUUCAUGGAUAGGAUCAAGAUCAAUGGUGACAUUGCGUAUGCUACAGUUGCGUUCAAACUCGCUUAGUGGUCACAUUCCCCAAGACCUGUGCAAUCUUUCCGACCUCCAUGUCCUGGACCUUGCUCAUAACAACUUUUCAGGUACCAUUCCAAAGUGCUUGAAUAAUAUCACUUCUAUGGGAGGUGAAGAGUCCACAGCUUGGUCUCCCUACGACAUGUAUGCUGAGCAAACAACAAUAAUGUCGAAAGGAAGAGAACUCGAAUAUGGUCAUUCCAGUGUAAAAUUGGUGAAGAGUGUUGAUCUUUCCUCAAAUAACUUGGAUGGUGAAAUUCCCGAAGAGAUAAGCAGUCUCAUUGCAUUGGGUACCUUGAACUUGUCGAGGAAUCAUUUACAUGGAAAGAUUCCCUCCACCAUUGGAAACAUGAGUUCGCUGGAAACACUUGAUCUCUCACACAAUCACCUUCUUGGAGAGAUUCCUCAAAGCUUGUCUGCCUUGAACUUCUUGAAUCACUUGAGCUUGUCUUACAACAACUUUUCUGGAAGAAUUCCUUCCGGCGAUCAACUCCGAACACUGACCGAUCCAUCCAUUUAUGAAGGCAAUCCAUCAUUGUGCGGCUUUCCUCUUUCAACAAAGUGCCCCGGAGAUGACAAACCUACUACCAGUGGGAAUCUUCCUGUCCAAGAUAAUGAUGAAGAUGGCAAUGAAAAGCUUGGUCUCUAUGUUAGCAUUGCGCUUGGCUUUAUCAUAGGCUUCUGGGGUGUCUGUGGCACAUUGCUUGUGAAGAAAUCAUGGAGGCAUGCCUAUUUCCGAUUCUUUGACGACAAUAAAGUGAAGAUAAUAGUGGCAAUUGCAGUGAAAGUGGCUCGUCUCCGAAGAAGGAACCUUUGAUUACUGAUCUGUGUGUUCUACUUUUCUGUGAAGCAAAGUCGAUUUGUUUUCCAUCUUCUGUAACAUGUUUCAAUAAGAUGAUCACAUGACAAC